AAAAAAGCAUCAACUUUACAUUUUCCAAUUCCAAUACCAAUAAAACCAAAAACACUGAUUGUGUCAGUGCGGUUUUCACUCUUUGUAUACCCCAAAUCUCCUAAAUUUUCAAAUUCCCAAAUCAAAAAAAUAAUUGGGUUUUCAAGAAAAGCUGUAAAACUAAAAUCUGAAAUUCUUGAAAAAAGACGAUGAAAUCUGGAAAGGGUCAUCAUGGGGAAGAAGAAGAGGAUGAGUAUGAUGUUGGUUCUAAUAGAGAUGCUACACCUUCCAGUAACAGUACUAAAGUGACAGAAGGGAAGAACAGUGACAAGGCAAAUGCAAUUAGGUCGAAGCAUUCAGUAACAGAGCAGCGUCGGAGGAGCAAGAUCAAUGAAAGAUUUCAGACAUUGAGAAAUUUGAUACCUCAUACUGAUCAAAAACGAGAUACCGCGUCAUUCUUGUCCGAGGUAAUUCAGUACGUACAGUAUUUACAGGAGACAGUUCAGAAGUAUGAAGGAUCGUAUCAACCUUGGAACUCAGAGCCUACAAAACUUAUGCCAUGGAGAAACAGUCACUGGCGUGCACACAGUUUUCCUGCAACCCCUCAAGCCUUGAGGAAUAGUACUGACACAGGGCCAACAUAUUCAGGAAGGUUUGAUGAGAAUCUUUUAACCGACACUUCAGCUAUGCAAGCAAAUCAGCGGAAUCCACUUGUAUCUCAUCCUGGUGGUGAUGUUUCCUAUAAAUCAAUGGAUCAAGAGAAGGAACUAGUUAGCAGGGCAAUUGCAACAUCGAUACCUCUUCAGGCCAGUGUGCCAGUCCCUGUUCAAAACGAUAGUGCCUUCUCUGACUCGCUACCCACACCUGCUUCUGAUGAAUGCCCCAGCACUACUAAUGCUCUGAAUGGUCAGGAGUUCGUGAUUGAAGGCGGCACAAUUAGCAUUUCUAGUCCUUACUCUCCACUGUUACUGAGUUCGUUCACACAAGCGCUAGAGACUGCUGGUCUUGAUCUUUCACAGGCCACUGUCUCGGUGCAAAUUAAUCUAGGGAAGCAGGCAUUUAAGGGAAUGAGCUUGGGGCCAUCUGUUGCUAAGGAUACAGAAAAUCCUCCUCCACCUGCUGGCGAUCAAUUUGUGGAGAAAUUUCAGGAUACAAACAAUGGUGAAGAGCUGGACCGGGCUCAAAAGAGGCUCAAGAAAUAGAUACGACUAUAGCAUGUCAAAUACCAAAUCAAAUCAGCUCAAGUUUUGCAUCACCUCCGCGUAAAUCAGAUGAUCAGUGUAUAUCCCAUUUGUUUUUAUCACAUCCAAAUAUCUUCCAGUCUGAAUUAAAGACGGAUUCUACAUGUUCUGAGUUUGUGAAGUCAAAAUUUGUAUAUAGAAGCACAUGUCGCUAUGCUAUGCUAUAAAUGUCUUGUUUUAAACGAUGUAUCUUGCUGUAAAAUGUCAGGGAAAAAUUUUGAUUUC